AUGGAGGGAUUAGGAGGGGAGGAUGAGGGUAGCAAGGUUAUAGCUCUUAAUAGUUCUCAGGCAGCUGAAGGUGAGCUCUAUGUUGAUGAUGGAAAGAGCUUUGAAUUUGAGCAGGGAGCCUACAUCCAUCGCCGAUUUGUAUUCUCCAACGGGAAGCUUACAUCUUCAAACUUGGCAACUUCUGCCCGUGGCAAAAGUCUAUUUUCCUCAGGUUGCACUGUUGAGAGGAUCAUACUUCUCGGCCUCUCUCCUGGACCAAAAAUCGCCCUCAUCGAACCAUCAAACCAGAAAGCUGAUGUUGAAUUUGGGCCACUUCAGCUUCGAGGUGAGCGGAACCCAAUGGUUUUAACGAUCCGCAAGCCAAAUGUCCGGAUUGCUGAUGAUUGGACAAUAAAAGUUUUAUAA